CAAAAAUGCUAAAACCAUUCUUGGUGGUAUGUCUGUUAAUUGCUGCUGCAGAAUCCAGUAAUUUGAGCACAGAGACAAAAAGUCAGAUCGAAGAAAGUCAGCGUGAGCAAAAUGAUGCCCUCAAAACUCCAAAGCAAAAUUCAACUACGGCUACUUUGAUAAUUGCGAAUUCAACCACAUCUAAUGCAAAAUCACCCUAUUCUACAGCAACUACAGCUGAGAACUCUGAUCUCACCGCUGAAUCUUCUGCUGCCCAACCAUUACCCUUAAUCGAGAUAUCUACAGCUACUUCCACUCUUUCAGAGCCAAUAACUGCAACUACUAUAGAACCGAACUACCCCAUCCCAAAAAAUCCGGUCCAUAAUCAUAUCGAAUUGAGAGACCCAUCCAUGAACUCAUCCCUGUGCUUCAUGGCAGAUAUAUACAUGAGUUUCGAUGUUCAUUACAACGAUACAAAAGGCGAUAUCAAAGAGGUUCAGAUCUUCGUACCCGAGAUCAGAACAGCAGACGCAAUCAUGCACCAGGACAACUGUUCCCAUGCAAAGUCACUGAAAGUGCCUGCGACGUGGACUUGGAAUGAGAAAACCUGGAAUGUGAAUCUGAUUUUCGCGAGGGGAAACAAGUCGUACUCUUUGUUAGGAGUAGAAGUUACGUUCCCAAAUGAUCCGAAGUUUUUUCCAUCUAUUCAGAACACUGAUGACGUGCUGAGGUUUGAGAACGAGUCUGUUGUUGCUGGGGCAGGAAUUUCGAUGGGUCACAUGUACAAGUGUGAGGCGGAUGCGUUCAUCAUAGUCACUCCCAACCAGUUGGUAAUGAAGGUGUCCCAUCUCAAAUUGCAGGCAUUCGUGUUCCCCCAACCCCCACUUCAGAAUGAGAAAAAAGACCAUAUGCUCCUGAAGGACGAAGUCAAAAACGAAGACAGCAACAGCCGAUACAGCAACGAAGUGGAUGUGUGUUUGGAAGACAAGCCGGAGAGCAAGCUGAUUCCGAUCAUUGUGGGCUGUGUGCUGGCAGGACUCAUUGCGCUAGUCCUCAUUGCCUACGUCAUCGCCUCCAGGAGGUACAAGAAGUACACUGGGUACGAGACGCUGUAGAACGAGACACCACACCACGACGAGCUCGCAUAACAUCCACCCCUCAUCACUAUUUCACUCUCUCUCUCUCAUCUUGUACAAGAAGAGACGACCAGACCAGACCACAAGGGACAAAGUGCCCUGUACUGCAAAUAUUGGACGAACGGACUUGCUCAUGUUCUAUCAUUUUAACUUAGAAUCCUAUUAUUCCCCAUCGGCGAUAGAGUUUUACUCAUCUAACUUGCGGCUAGAAAGUCUUUUCAAAUCGCAAGGUUGGCUUUUUUGGUAAACAAUGUCUAGCAUAAUCGUUCGAUAGCGUGGCUCGUCAUGAAAAUUAAAUGACUGGUUUUCCCAGUUCGUGCAGAGACAGUCAUUCUUGAGAUGAGAAGGACCCCAGGUUUGAGUCCGGCCAGAACUUGCCUUUUUGUCAUCUAUUUGUUCUUUCACAAACGUUUUUUUUUUAAAUAUAUAGGUCGCUAUUUUUCUUUUUUUUGUUUUUUUUUUCAGGAAAGGUCUUAAAAUUGUUCAGGUUCAAAUAUAUUUUUUCUCCUUUUUUAAUUUAAUUGUAGAAUUUAGUUUUCAGAGUUUCCCAGCGAAAUAAAAAAAUUUACCUAUCGAUUCAUUUUUUUUUCAAAUUCAGUUAAUUUAACCAAAAAAGAGUAAAUCAUAAAAUGUUCUUAAAAAUUAAAGGGGUUUAAGUCCAUCUAUUUUUUUCUUUGAAAUUCGAAGUUAUUAAUUAUUUCGAAAUUAUAAUUUAGUAUUUUUUCCCGUUUUCUUGCCUUCGUUGUCUCUUUUUUCCAACUGUAUCUUGGCUAUGUUUUUUACUUUAUUCGUCGAAUUAGUUGUUAUUGUAAGACAUCGUUGACUGGAGUCUUAUGUGGUUGCUCAUCAUGAAUUGUUUUUAAAACGGACUAUUUCAAACUUAUAAACAAAAAAGCGUGUUUCCUCUUUCACGAAAAUGACUUCAAGUGGUUCGAAUUGCCAGAUGGCAUUAUUAAAGUGCUUAAAAAACAUGGAAUAUACGGCAGUUUUUUACAUUCAUUGGCUUUUUGUAUGUGUACAUAAAUGUUUGUAUCGCAGAAAAACAGCUGGGUAUAAAUAGAAUUUGAUGCGUAUGAAAUUUGUACUUUGUUCUACUGUUCUUAUACCGAGAUGCUCUGCUAAUCGUGAAAAAAGACACUAACUGCCAUGAUUAUAGAUCACCGCACGGAUGGUCAUUUUAGUAGUAAGUUGUCCGUAAAGUAAAUAGUCGGCCGUUUGUGUUUUGCUACAAUGUAGUGCCUUAAAUAUCAACUUCACUUAGCAUUCCUCCAACUAGUUCUUGUUAUGUUCAGCGCAGUGUAAAUUUCAAGCCCUGUUGAUAGUACGAUUUUCGAUCAACUUGCUUAAUUGCUUCGAAUUUGUUAAGACAUUUCAGACGGAGACAUUUCGGUCACCAUAACAGAUUUUUAAGCAAAAACAUUUUCAGUUUGAGACAUCUGAUUUCAUCUAGAUUAGCGACAAACACUGAUUCUCGCGCAAUAUUCCUCUCGUGCAGAAUGUCAGCGCAGCAAGCGUUUUCAAUUAUUCGAUUAAAAAAAGAAUUAUAGCUGCAAUGUUAAAUUGGCGGAAAAAUGUCUCUGUCCCAAAUGUCGCGGCACGGCUUCAAAUGAUCUAAAUUGAUGUUAUCUAAAAAGAUGGCUGAUGAGACUUUCAAAAUUGUAUUCCAGUUUGCAUUUAACCAAAUAAAUUUAUUGUGAUUAUGUUUCCAAAUAGACUAAAAAUGAAGCCUAAUUUUGGAACUGCACCAUGUGAUACGUAGAUAAUUUUAGAUGAAAAGUAAAUUUUGUAUAUUUUCGACUGAGUUUUCUUUGCAAUUAACCAAAGAAGUGAUA